GUUCCUGAGGAGCAACUACACGGUGGAAGUACGUCUCAACGACUACCUGGACAUCAUCUGCCCGCACUACGAGGAGGGGAGCGUGGACCCCCGCACCAUGGAGCGUUACACCCUCUACCUGGUGGAGCCCGAGGAGUACCGGGCCUGCAAACCCCGUUCCAAGGAGCAGAUCCGCUGGGAAUGUGACAAGCCCAGUGCCCUCCAUGGCCCCGAGAAGUUCUCGGAGAAGUUCCAGCGCUUCACCCCCUUCACGCUGGGCAAAGAAUUCAAGGAGGGGCACAGCUACUACUACAUCUCCAAGCCCAUUCACCACCACGGUGAAGCGUGCCUGAAGCUGAAGGUGACAGUCGCUGGCAAAGGCACUCAGGCACCCCCUGUCCCUGCCCCUACCCAGAAAGGGAGGAUCCAGGCAGAUGACGCGGCCGCGCACGUGCUGAGGAGCGUGGGGCAGAACUCGGCGAUGCGGGGCAGCAGCCCCUUCACCUUC